UACAAAGUGUUUAAUCCACAGGGAAAGUAUACUUUCUUUUUGGGAGUUUUGUGAUGGCUAUGACAGACAGUUCUACACUGAGAGGUGCAAUGGACUCAAACCUGCAGCUGACAGACUCAUUGCAUGUCAUCCCCGAUGGCUGCUAUGACUGUGGGGAUGGAUUCUAUGACCCCAAUGCCAGGGUCAUCACUGACUAUGAGCAUCACUUUCUCAGAAACGCAGAUGACUAUGAACAUGAGUGGAUUGUGUCCACUUGUCGGAAGAGCUGGGACGAGAUCGUUGGACAUUCACCUGAAAAACUAGGCCACAUUUCAGAACUGGACAUUGAGUUGCAGGCUUGAGCGGAGAAAAACUAUUAAAAGGCAGCUCAUUUAUGGAAUGUUCAACUGUGGUGCAUACAGGCCUACCUGUGAAUUAUAUUUAGUGAAAUCUGUGGUACAUACAGGCCUACCUGUGAAUUAUAUUUAGUGAAAUCUGUGGUACAUACAGGCCUACCUGUGAAUUAUAUUUAGUGAAAUCUGUGGUGCAUACAGGCCUACCUGUGAAUUAUAUUUAGUGAAAUCUGUGGUGCAUACAGGCCUACCUGUGAAUUAUAUUUAGUGAAAUCUGUGGUGCAUACAGGCCUACCUGUGAAUUAUAUUUAGUGAAAUCUGUGGUACAUACAGGCCUACCUGUGAAUUAUAUUUAGUGAA